UGCCCGCCCGCUGGCCACCCGCGGCCACGUGAUCCCGCCCCACAUGGCCAAGAUGGCGGCGCCCAGAGCUGUCAGCGUGCUGCGGAGCAGCGGUUCUGCAAGUGGCUGCCAUAGGGUUUUUCCUUCUCCGCACAAACUUCCCUACUUGCACAGGCGGGCAAGCAGCCAGCAAAGAAGAUGUUUCUUUUCUCAGGGACAAAGAAACGCUGCUUAUAGUAUAGUUUGGCCAGCUACAGUUUCUCCUGCUCACCCAGUUCCUAAGCACAUAAAGAAGCCAGACUAUGUGACGACAGGCAUUGUACCAGACUGGGGAGACGACAUAGAAAUUAAGAAUGAAGAUCAGAUUCAAGGGCUUCGUCAAGCUUGUCAAUUGGCCCGUCGUAUCCUACUUCUGGCUGGAAAGGGCUUAAAGGUUGGCAUGACAACUGAAGAAAUAGAUUCCAUUGUUCAUCAUGAAAUAAUCAGACAGAAUGCCUAUCCUUCCCCUCUGGGCUAUGGAGGUUUUCCAAAAUCUGUCUGUACUUCUGUAAACAACGUGGUAUGUCAUGGUAUUCCUGACAGUCGACCUCUUCAGGAUGGAGAUAUUAUCAACAUUGAUGUCACGGUGUAUUACAAUGGCUACCAUGGUGACACUUCCGAAACCUUCCUGGUGGGCAACGUGGAUAAAUCUGGGCAAAAGUUAGUGGAGGUUGCCAGGAAAUGUCGAGAUGAAGCAAUUGCAGCCUGCGGACCGGGGGCUGCCUUCGCCGUAAUUGGGAACACAAUCAGCUCCAUAGCGCGGCAGGGCGGCUUCCACGUCUGCCCCGGCUUUGUUGGCCACGGCAUCGGAUCGUACUUCCACGGGCACCCCGAGGUGUGGCACCACGCCAAUGACAGUGAUUUGUUAAUGGCAGAGGGAAUGGCGUUCACAAUAGAGCCAAUAAUAAUGGAAGGAUCCCCCGAGUUUAAGAUUCUGGAGGAUAAAUGGACGGCGGUUUCUGCAGACAAUAAAAGAUCGGCGCAGUUUGAGCACACGGUGGUCAUUACCCCCGAGGGAGCAGAAAUCCUCUCCCAGGCGGAGGAAGAAGCCUGAGGACGGAGCAGCGGGGGCUGCCCGCGCUCCCGGGCGCAGACGAGCGGACGCAGCAAAGGCCCGGCGGCCGAGCCGGGAGCCCGGCGGUGCCCUGGGGGCCGGGGCCUCCCGCGGGGCCCUGCGCGGGGCGAGCGCGUCCCAGAUGCCGCUUCGGGGCAGGGGACGGGGGGACACGGAGUGUGUUGCGUUUAUAGCUGAGCUGUGGAGUCAGUUUUUCUUCGCUGCGACUAGCGCGAUGCUGCUUCCCAGGCUGUAACUUCCACUAGGAUGUCAAAAAAAAAGAAAAAAGAAAAAAAAAAGAACAGCAAAGGAGAAGUUUCCCGAGUGUGGCAGCCCGCGCAGCCCUCCCCAGCGCCGCUCCCCUCCUGCCUCCCCUCGCUUCUCUCCGCACGGCACAACAGUGACCGCAAGCGGGGGGCGAAGGGGCGAAGCGCCGCCCGGACGCCGGGGAUCGCCGGGCACCAGCCGGCCGGGGCCGUUGCAUCGGGCCGCGCCGCGUUUCGGGCGUUUCACAGAAACGGGGGACGCGGCGGCGACCUAGAGGAUGGGUGCGGGCUGCUCCCGGGCUCUGCUUGGAGGAGGCCGCGGUGAGGGGCGCAGGUCGGGAAGUGCGCGCACCGCUGCCCAGGCCGGGGGCGAGGGGGGGUCACGGCCUGCCGCGGACCUGCCCGGGAGGGGAGGGCCGGGGUGUGCAGCGGGCGGCCCGAGCAGCCCGGAGCGGCGCCGGGCGCCGGGGCUGCUGCUGCGGGACCGCGCAGACCGCGGGCUGCGGAGCCGGCGGAGCCCGCGGUGGGGCCGGGCGCGCUAAACCUGCGGCUCUGCUCCGCGGCUGCUUGUGCUCACUCGAGCACAGCGAACUGUCAGCUCUAAUAGUGUCUAACAUCGCCUCCCGAAAAGCCGGAGCCCCCCAGAACACGUCUAACAUUGCGGGCAGCCUUUCAGCUGCGCCGCCGCCGGGAUUGGUUUGGAAGGCUUUAAAACCUGUAAAAAUAAACGAUGCAUCAAACAAG